AUGUUCGGUCUAGGCUACAAAAGUCGUCAUGCCGAUGAGGCGACAGGGAAGCUGGAAGGGAGCAGGAAUGAUGAUGCCGCAGGUAGCAGCAGCAGCCGAUGCCGGCCACAGGAACAACAAAAGUGGGAGCGGGAUAGCUCGACCCGAGCGGCAAAGAACACGCUCGGCACACCGACCAUGCUCGGCAUCCAGUACACCUCCGAAGAGGCAAGCAACAUCUACCACAAAGUUGGCACACUCAACGGCUACACGUUCGAGGUGCCUCCGGUGAAUCGGUUCCACAGCAAAACUGCCGAGGCGAAGUUCACCCAGCUCACUGGCAGCCUCAACCCGAAGUUCGAGGCUACCCGCUUCGACAACCUGCGUGAACGUCUCCAAGUAGCUGAUAAGAGGGACAAGGAUGGCCAUUUGCAGGCGAUCGCGGUGCUAUACGCCGAGUUCCUCGGGAAUAACUUUCUGAAAGCUAAGAAUCUCGACUACGCCGAACUCGAGCGCUGCUUCUACCCGCACUACGCACCUAAGUACGACACGCUGCUGAAGGCGCUCGGGAUGCGUAAACCGCUGUGGUGGCGGCAGGGCAUAUUUGCCUCGCUCGAGGAUAUCUCACGACUUCCGCUGGAUCGCUGCAAUGUGGAGAAAGAGACAUCGUUGACCUUUGAGGAGUGGUACUCCCUUUUCUGGAACUACUACCAGCCCUUUAACACCCUCGCGUAUCUAUGCAUGGUUACAGCACAGUCCAUCGUGUACACGCAAGAGCUCGUUGACAGCGUGGCCAACUACCUGGUCGAACGACACGCCUUGAUUACAGAAGAGAAGGCCAAGAGCGCCCCAAUCCUGUUCCUUGGCGCGCGCACAGGCAAGUUUGGCGCGCUGCUAAACGCGACCAAGAAACUGCCGGUCCCGGUCAUUCAUACCCACGAGAGCCCCAACAUGAACCCCUACCUGCUGGUGAUUCCGCAGAACAAGCAGGCCGAGUUCAAACCGAACCCGAUCGUCAAGAUGAAGAAUCAGGCCGCCCUGGAGAAGUACGAACCGAGCAUCGUGCUCUUCUCUGACAUGAUCAUGAACAACGACCCGACAUCGCAGAUCCGACAACAAGGCUCGGUGCGCGAGUACGUGUACUUUGGGGUGCCGGACAGUUACUGCGAAGGACACGGAUGGGAUACGUGGGGCUACUUCAAGUAUCGUGAACGCGGCAGCGAUCACGUUCCGGCGUACAUACGCGAAGGGUUUGGCAAGGUGACGCUGCCACAUCUCUCGCGCUGGAUUGUCCACAAGCUGGACAGUGACAUGCAGAUGGGCAACGCUGCUGUAACAUCGUGGAUUCGAAAGCCGCUUCUACCGGGGCCCAGGACAACAUGGGGAUGGCGAGUGAUGCGCUUCAAACCAUUUUUUUGA